AUGCAAUUUUCUCCAGACACCGACGAUUCAAUGGUUCUACUAUAUCCAAUACGAGAAUAUCGUCCAGCUUACACUCAUAAAAUCGCUGCUCGACCUGUUCAGGGAACAUUAAAAAUUGGUAAUCAAGAUGAACAAUCGAUAGAUGGUCUUGGUAGUAGUGAUUGGACGUUAGGCUUUUUCGAACAUACAACCAGUUGGAAAUGGGCUUCAUUGUCAAUAAAUGGAGUAUAUUCCUCCAAUAACCAAACGGUAAGUAUUGGUAUCAAUCUUUCCGCUGAAAUUUACGAUGAUGAAGAUGGUAUUUCGAUGGAAAAUGCUAUUUGGAUUAAUAAUCGUGUCUGUACCGUCGAUAAAGUUAUUUUUCAAUUACCAAGCGAACAGUUUCAAACAAGUCAGCCUUGGCAUUUCGAUUCAUCUGUUGAUACUACAAAUAGUCCAAUACUUCAUCUGACUUUUCAACCAUGGGGAAGUUAUGAGCAACACGAUCAUCUGUUGCUCAUUGUUGUUGACUUUGUUCAACCAUAUGGAACUUAUAAUGGAGCAAUUGAUUGGCUCGGCCAUACAUACAAGAUCGACAAUGGUGUUGGUGUGACGGAAACUAAUUCUGCUACAUGGUGA